AUGGCAACAGACGUACAAUCAGCCGUCGACCGGCUGCUAACCGCCGACGUAUCCCAUCCACCACCCGACUACAACUUCUCUUUCACCCCCUACCUCCGCAAAACAUUCGGCUUCGGCCUCGCCACAGACGUCCCAGUCUGCAAAGCCUUCAAAGAAGGCCACUGCCCUCUAGGCCCAACCUGUCCCGAUCGCCACCCCACCCCUUCACGAGUCACAACCUCAUCUACAAAUGCAUCCGGCCUCGCGCCAUCUGUCACGCACGGCUCCCUAGUCUGCAAGCAUUUCCUCAAGGGUCUGUGCAAGAAGGGCUUCAAAUGCGAAUAUCUACAUGAGUAUAACCUACGGCGUAUGCCCGAGUGUGCGUCUUUUUCGCGCUCUGGAUACUGCCCCAACGGCGAGGAUUGUCUUUAUCAUCAUGUGCGUGAGACGGCCCGGUUACCAUGUUGCGAGCAUUACGAUCGGGGCUUUUGUCCACUAGGACCUAUCUGCGCAAAACAGCAUGUUCGUCAGAGCCUUUGUCCGUACUAUUUAGCUGGAUUCUGUCCCGAUGGGAGGUCAUGUCAACAUGGCGCCCAUCCACGGUGGUCGGACAAUCUGCCCAAACCACAGAUACGGGUCGAGAAGACGGAAGAAGACCUAGAGAGGGAACGGGCUUUGAUACGUGAGGAACAAGAGAGGGAGGAAGAGAGACAGCGGGAAUGGAGGAACGAGCGUGGCCGGGGUGGAUUUAUGCGGUAUAGAGGACGAGGCCGGGGGCGAGGCAUGUAG